CGGACUGUAAAUUCCAGGCAGCAAUUGAAACGCACCCUGCAAGAAUUCUCCUCUGGACGCGCAGGCGGCAGAUGCACCAAUGCAAAACCCGGCGCAACCUUUUUUUUCUUUUUUCUUUUUUUGUUCCUCGCUUGGAUUGCAGUCCAAGAGGGCUAAUCAACUCGGCGCCUAUACUUCUUAAUUUUCCCCAGCGGACAAUAUGCUUUCUCGGCUGGCGCGGCAUCUUUGCCCUCCAUUGGAUGGAUGGUGGUGAGGAUGCGUUUAUUUGCGGCUCCGUUUCUCAGAUAAUUUGGGAUCGUCGUUUUUUUUCUUGGUUGCCGUCAGAUUUGGGAUCUCGCCUAGAGAUGGCGGGAUGCAGGGAACAAGCCUUUUCUUUUUUAACAACCCAUCCAAUGUCAGCCUCAGCCAAGGUCAGGGGCUACAAAAACAUGUGUCACGGGGAGGGUGUUAUACGAUAUAUUUAUUAUACUCGUCCCGCAACCUGAGAACUAGUUCAUCGUCGUCCUUUCAUCCGAACAUUCAAAAGAUCGUCCGACGUUCGUUUACUCCUGCAGACCCCCUAAUCCAGCCACGACACUCCCUCGAUAACACCCGCCAACGACAGUAAAACAAGGCCGCACGUCAGAAAAGGAUCAAAAAAAGGGGCAACCAUGAGGACGGACUGGUCACGCGCUCUUCCCACCUUCCUGCUCAGCCUGGGAUGGCUGACGCGCGCGACCGUGGUGCCGGGCGACUUUGAGCUGCGCAUCAUGGUCAUCGGCGCCUCCAUCUCCGCCGGCCAGACCGGCGGCGGCGUCGUCAGCAACGGCUACCGCAAGCCCCUGGCGGAUCUGCUCGUCAACGACGGCUGGGACAUAGACUACGUGGGGACGAGGAGCAAUGGCGACAUGGAGGACAAUCAACACGAAGGCUACCCAGGCAUCCGCACCGAGCCGCUGGCCAAACAGACGCGCGAAAAGGGCGUCGUGGAGGAGUUCCUCCCGAACCUCCUGCUGCUCAACGUCGGCACCAAUGACUGCUCGCAGCGCGUCAACGCCACCGAGGCCCGUCGCAUCUACACUGCCAUGAUCGACGCAGUCUUUGCGCCCGCGGGGCAGGAGAAUCGGUUCUUGAUCGCGUCCACGCUGCUGCCGCGCCGGGAGCAGGACGCGGGGCUGCAGAACUGCACGACAACCUUCAACGAGGUGGUUCGGGAUCUGGUACAGACCCACCCCAUGAGCGCACGGCUGGGGCUGGCCGACAUGAACACGGGCUUCAUCACGGUCGACGACCUGGCCCCCGGUGACAACCUCCACCCGAGCGAGGAAGGGUUCGCAAAGAUGGCUGACGUUUGGCAUGAUGCCAUCCUCAGCAAUAUGGACAGGCUCACUCCCCCUGAAUGAAUGCAUCAUGGCUUUUUUAUGUAAAUAUCAGUGUAGGAUUGGAGAUUGUUCUCUUAAAAUAGCUAAUUAACGAUGAUCCGAACCUUUGUC